AUGGAGGAAUUCAUUCAUUCUCUGACUAAUUGGAAUAUUGAAUAUUUGAAAGCUGUUGUUGAAAAGAAUGUCUAUCGAAAUGUAGGUCAAACUAUGCAUUUUCUUUCCAAAAUUUAAUGAUUUUAGGUAAUUUCGAAAGAAUUCCUCGAUGUAGUCAAUCGCCUGCCACCGGAUGGUGGUCUAACACCAGUUGACAGAAAAAUGGUGCUGUCAUUGCUAUUCACAAAGCCAGAAACCAUGUUUUUGUUUCAUGAUCCGGAUUGGUUGCUUGGCUACUUGUUCCGAUCACAAUACUUUCCAAAUAAUUCGCAAUUUUAUGGAUGCGGCCUGAAUUAUGUGAACGAAGAGUGUAUUUUGUCAGACAGAGAAACGAAAAAAAAAUUUAUAUCGAAACAAGAUGCAUUAUCUUGGUUUUAUUCGAAUUCGUCAGAUGUUGUUGGAGAACUUGGGAUUUGCGCAAGACUCACAGAAAAAUCAGUGUUGAAUGAGAUUGGAAGACGUUUAGAAGGAACAUUUGAAUUAAUCCCAUUUGAUUUGCUAGAGGAACAUGUCAAAGAAGAUUUGCAAAUAGUUUAUCCAUGCACAGAAGAUGGUUUUGGGAUUCAUAGUUUAUUCAAUGAAGAAUUCGACGAUUCUUUGAUUGAUGAAUUCGCACAAAUUUACCCGAAUAUAGACGAGUCAAAGAGCCUUGAAGUUCUCCAGGAAAUGUAUGAUUGGCGCGAAUCUGUCACCGAAUUCUUCAGAGAUGCUCCAUGGUUUGAUGAAAAAUAUGCGAUUCUCAGAAAAUUUGAAGAUUCGGACAAGGGCGAUACGUUUUUUUUCAUGGCGAAAGAAGUCGAAGAUAUUUUGGGCAUUGUUAUGAUGAAAAAGUAUUCGAAACCAUUUCCAAAGGGUUUGAUUCCGGUGGAAAAUGAGGAAGAUCGAAGAUUGGGAAUAUUGAGGACUGUGGAGAUGGAUACGUUUCACAAGGUUUUGAGAAUUUUGAAAUUGGAGGAGAAAGAUAUGACGGUAAGGAAUUUCAGCAGAGAUUUAGACUGAAAUUCUAGUAUUUCCAGAUUCUCCCUGUGAAAAUCCACCAAUCUGCCCCAACAAAUACACCAUACGGAACAUAUUGUAAACUUUCUCGUCACACAUUCCUUGAUCUAUUCGAACAAAUCUCAACUGGAAUGAAUUUAUGGCGCAAAAUCGACAGAAAAAAUGUUGGAAAAAUUGCGGAAUUCUUCGAAUCGCUGAUCUCAGAAGGUGUUUUCAGUACUCAACGAAAUUAUCGAUAUUGUAUUGAGACUUGGAAAUUUGAUGAGAUUUUGAAGCGGGCUUUUGAUGAGUUGGGCAAACUUGUAAAGCCUGAUGAUAAAUGUCAUUUUGAAAUUCGCGAUCCUUGGGAGAAAUUUUCUCGUCAAAAAUCGCUGGAAAUUAUGCGGAAAAUGGCGCCGCAUGCCGAAAAUCAGAAAGAAUUACGAGAAGAUUUUGAAUUUUACAUGAAAAAAUUCAUAAAACCUGACCAAAGAUUCCUCGAAGCCGAAGAUGUUUAUGGGAUUUUUCAUCGAAGUUUGUUCAACACUUUCAUUCGGACAAAUUUGAAAGUCAUGCAGUUUUUGGAAAUCCAGGGAUUCGUUCGAAAUGUGGCAAUUCGUGGAAAAAAUUUGGAAGAGGAAGAAGAAUUGCCUUUUCAAUUAUAUGUGGAGAAAUUUCGAGAGGCUUUCCUGUAAGUUUCGCGCCAAAAAAAAUUCCACAUAUUUAAAAAUACAAUUUUUUGCAGAAGAUAUCUGCCAAAAAUCCCACUUGUCCCAAUUUUGAAACAUUCGGAAAUGAUGGCAUCGAUUGACGAAAGAAUGGGCGAAUAUAAUCGAAAAAGUUGGAAAAUUCAAAAAUCGGAUCGAAAAGCGGCGCUGGAAAUCUCGAAAAUCAUAGAAGAACAUGUGGAAAGGCAUAGAAUUGGCGAUGAAUUUUUUGUGAAUCGAAGAGUUGUGCCAAUUGAGAUAACAGACAAACACGAGAGAGUACAUGAUAUUUUUGCGGAGGAUGCGAUUUUGAAUUCGAUUGUUAUGAAUGCAAGAAAAAAUGAUUAUAAAGAUGGAAGUUAUUUGAAAUUGAUUCGAGAAAGAUUGGAAGAAAAGUUGAGCGAAGAAAUUGAAGAGGACGAACAUCGAACUAUUAUUUCGAUGUUGGAAAAUUCACAAUUUUUUGAUUGA